AUGCAGCUAUUCUCAAAGGCGGGACUGGUCAACUUCCUCGUUGUCUCUCUAGGCCUGGCGAGACUGGCAGCCGCCUCUUCCCCCGAAUCGCUCGUGGAACGCGACCUGGAUGCAGCCGAACUCGAAGCGCGAAGCGGUGCAUCUUUCGAGGAAGGUCUCGGUCUGAGAAGCGUCUACGAUUUCGAGGACGACAUUGGUCUGAGAAGCGUCUACAAUUUCGAGGACAUCGAACAGCGCAUCGAUGGCAUCCUAGAAGACAUCGCGCUGCGCGAGCCAGAUGUCGAACUCGACGCGAGAGAACCCGGCCACCAUUCGCACGACCACCACCACCACCAUAACCGCCGCCUCCACGACCACUCGCACUCCUCCCGCCACGCCCACUCCCGCACCAACAGGCACCGUAAGCCCAAAUCUAAAUCCCAGUCGACGGCGGACCACGAGGCCUACUUAACCGACCCACACUACAACCCACGCCUCCACCGGCCCCCACCUCUCAAAUUCCACCCGAUAAAAUGCAAAGCCGUGACCAAGCUCAUCCACACGUACCACAACGUUAACCGGGCGUACAGGAUCUGGGGCGAGCGGUACCGUGUUGCGCGGAGGCUCGUGCGGACGGGGAGGCUGAGCGAUGGGCGGGUUGUUGAUGAGCGCGUGAGGAGGAGGGUUGAGAGGCUGAUGGGGUCGAUUAGGGAGAAGAUGGAGCAGAGGAAGAGGUAUAUGAAGAAGUUGGUUUGGGCGUUGUUGAUGCAGGGAAGGCCGAUUCGUUGA